AUGAAGUUCUCCGCCCUUGCCAUUGCCAGCGUCGCCGCCGUCGCCUCCGCCGCCCCCGCUACCCUCGAGCGCCGCGCCGACUUCUGCGGCCAGUGGGACACCGUCAAGAGCGGCGACUUCACCCUCUACAACAACCUGUGGGGCGAGGCCCAGGCCACGUCCGGCUCGCAGUGCACCGGCCUCGACAGCGGCUCCGGCAACAAGAUUGCCUGGCACACGUCGUGGUCCUGGACCGGCGGCGCCGGCCAGGUCAAGUCCUACGCCAACGCCCAGAUCCAGGGCGGCGGCAAGGCCCUCUCCGCCAUCUCGUCCAUGCCCUCCAAGUGGGCCUGGACCAACACGGGCAGCGACAUCGUCGCCGACAUCGCCUACGACAUCUUCACGGGCCAGGCCUCGUCCGGCACCGCCGACUACGAGAUCAUGAUCUGGGUCGCCGCGCUCGGCGGCGCCGGCCCCAUCUCCAGCACGGGCAGCAAGAUCGCGACCGUCACGCUGGCCGGAAACUCCUGGGACCUGUACAAGGGCCCUAACGGCAGCACGACCGUCUUCUCGUUCGUCGCCUCCAGCCAGGUCGAUGACUUCAACGGCGACCUCAUGGACUUCAUGAACUACCUCGUCAAGAGCCAGGGCCUGUCGAACUCCCAGAUCCUGCAGACCAUCAACGCCGGCACCGAGCCCUUCUCGGGCAGCAACGUCAAGUUCACCACUUCCAACUACGAGAUCUCGAUUAACUAA